AUGUCGGCCAUCCAGAUAAUCGCUUUGACAGAGGUGGCGCGCUCGACUCUACGGGCCGCUGGCAUCCAGUUAUAUUCGUUUUCUAGCUGCUCGCCGAGCCGUGCCCCGUUCAAGAACCUAUACUUUGAUCUGCUGCGGGAAUUGUCUUCUCACCGCUAUUUACUAACUAACGACUCGUCACUCAAGGCUCGACUCAACAAAUUGCUUCUCCCGCUUUCUGGUGACUUCAUCAUAGAACGCAAUAUAGUCAGCGCCAAGCGAAGAUUCUCUGUGGGCAGCAUGGCUACCGGCCACUCCUCUGCAAUGCCUCCACGACUGGCGUACAAGGGAAAAUAUUCAUCCGUUGAGGAAAAUACAAUCGACAACUCAUCAAACCUCAUGCCACCCCCAGAUGCCUUCCCACCCAGUCGCCUUCGAAAGGAAACUUCUCGCGGCCAAAUGGUGAGGGGCUUCCUCCCGUUGAACAUAACCAAGGGUCGCCCUCGGAUGUAUCAAAUCAGGGCUCAGACGAAUGACGAUAGCGACAGCAGCAGUGACAGCGAUGAAGAACAGCAGGAAGACGAUAUACCUGUGAAUGUCACGCCGUCGCUUAGACCACGGCCAUAUCGAUUCGGGAUUUUCUGUACCCCGAACAGAUCGAUGCAUCAGCAAGGGGAGCCUUACCAGCGUCCCGAGCGGGUUGGGCGAUCACGAACCGUCAGACCAAUUCGAAUCGAGUAG